AUUGCGCAUUGCACCAUGCGGUAGUUCGAUUGUUCGUAUUUUGCUUUUUAUUUAUUUGAAGUGUUUUAGUCGAAUAUGAAUUUCAUAUUUCAUACCAUUUAAAUUCGGGUUAUGUUAGAAUGAGGUUCUUAGUGGUACAUAACAUUCAAUAAUCGAAGAAGCAAAUAUUUGCAAAGUGUUCCGUAAUUCAUUGUAGCUAAGUAAUUUACAAUGGAUUAUCUGAAGCAGCCGGAAUUAGUAGCCAAAGUUCAAGAUUAUUUCGGUGUUAACCGAAAGUCAAAGCAGAAAAAUCAUGAUUAUACGAUAGAAAAUAAAUUUUGGUACUAUAUAUUUUUAUUUGGUACGGCCUUAGGGGAUGAAGUGUUCUAUUCCUCAUUCAUUCCAUUUUGGUUUUGGAACAUUGAUGGAGCUGUAGGAAGAAGAUUCGUGUUAGUUUGGUGUAUUGCUAUGUAUAUAGGGCAAGUUUUGAAGGAUAUUAUCCAAUGGCCCAGACCUGGACCACCAGUUGUUCGUUUGCACAACAAAUGGGCUUUAGAAUAUGGCAUGCCUUCGACACAUGCAAUGGUUGGAGUCUCUAUACCUUUCUCCAUUAUUUUGUAUACAAUGGACAGAUAUUUAUACAACAUUCCUUUAGGCAUACUCAUAUCAACACUAUGGUGUGCAAUAAUUUGCGUUAGCCGGCUAUAUUUAGGCAUGCAUACAGUAUUGGAUGUCAUUGUUGGUGUUUUCUUGGCUAUUGCCAUCAUGUUUCCAAUAGUACCACUGGUGGAUAAUUUGGAUCAUUAUUUUCUCACCAGCCCUUCUGCUCCCUUAAUACUUAUAGUAUCUGCAGUAUUUUUGAUAGUAUAUUACCCAAAUAGUGGUAAAUGGACUCCCACUAGAGGUGAUACAGCUAUGAUUUUGGGACUAAGCGUUGGAAUUGAAUUGGGCGCAUGGACUAAUUAUCAAGCAGGAAUAAUGAAACCAACAGAGCUGACUGCUCCAUACAUCAUAAUGUGGCUGUCUUACACAAUGUUCGGUUGCCUGUUAUUGAGAACUUUUAUAGGAUUUGUAUGCGUUUUGCUAACCAAAAAAAUCAGUAGUUACAUAACUUACAACUUUUUAUGUGCUAUAUUAAAACAAGACGUGGACAUUCUUAAAAAAUCGGAAAAUACUUUACAAAAUAAGCACAAAACGUUUGUUGAAUUGAGCUGUAAAUUCGUUUCUUGCGCUCUUAUAGGAUUUAAUAUUUUGUACCUUAUUCCACAAUUAUUUAGAUUUUUGAGAAUCGAACGACCGACGUUUUUUACUGAAAUAUGAUAAUCAUCAGUUAAAUAAAUUUAUCUAGUCACAAUUUGUCGAUUUUCUGAUUGGGACGGACUCGUUUCAAGUGCAAAAGAUAUAAAACAGUCUUGAAAACAUACAUAUGCUUAAGAAAUUAUAGUAAUCACAUUGCACCCAUAGACUUUUGGCGUAGUAAAAAAUAUUUGGAUAUUCCUGAAACGACUCAAUCAUUCAAUUGAAAAUAUAUUACCAAAGGAAACAUCUCGUUUCGAUUUCAUAUUGACUACUCUAUAUUAUAUCCGCACAUUUAUCUAUUAACCUAAUUAUAAACUUUUCAAAUUUCUUAAAUUUUGUUUAUUAGGUUAGAACUAUUUUCGUUUUGAUAUCAAUAACAAUUAUUGGCUUUAUUCAUUUUAAAUUAACAGGCAAAUAUUGUGUAAAAUUUCUAAUCUAGCCAAACAACUCAAUAAUUAGAAAUCAAUAUAGAGCAAUUUUAAAAUUGAUUUUCCGUCCAAUAUAUUGCUUUUCUCUGUUAUUUAAGCAAUAUUUUAGGAUUAUUUUGAAAGGCUGAUAUUAUAUCUAAGUGAACAUAUCAAAUAAGGCACAAUAAAAUAGUAAUUUAAUGGCAAUUUUAUCAAUUUGUUGCGGUGAAGGGAUAACCAUUCAACUUUUAUAGAUAUCCAUACAUUGCACAAAUGAACAGUAGAAUUGGAAAAUGCCAUAUAAAAAGAGCCCAAAUUUGUCAAAAAAUGUUUUCUAUUAUGUAAACAUUUGAAAACAUUGCUUUACUAGUUUAAAAAUAAUCAAUUCUUGUUAUAGAAUUCAAAUUCCAUUCAUGUAUUAAGGAAAUAAAUCGCCGAAGCAUCUAUAGUAUUAUAGCAAUACAGGCAUCAGUGCAGAUUUGUUUUCAAUAUGGUGGAUUCUAUGAGUUGAACAAAGAAAGAUUAUUAAAAUAACAUUGGUUAGAAUGAAGAAGUUACAAUCCUACAAUAUGACUCGUUCUUUUUUCCUUCAUAUGAUACUAAUGAAAAUUGUCUUUGUUGAACCCAUAGACCAUAUUGCGUACUUAUUUGCAUAUAUGAGUAAGUAAAAUUGAAAGUUUUAUUUUCAAUUUUAUUGAUUCUUCCAAAUACAAAAAAAAUCUUCACUGUUUUACUAACUGUGAUAAAAAUGAAUAUACUAUUUGUAACUUUUACAAAGCGAUGUAUAAACUUGGAAUUGCUCGCAAAAAUGAUGCUCAAUAGUUUUAAGAUAUUAUCGAGUUUACAUGGAGACCUGUAUUAUAAUAAUAAGUAAUAUCAGCUUAUAAAAUAGGUUUUAAAGUAAUUGCUGAUCACCUAAUUAAUAUGCAUGUACGCUAAU